AUGGCGUAUGGGAAUGCAAAGAUUACUCAUAGGGACAUCAAGCUCACACUCUUUAUGAGUCGUUACCGCUCCUCCUUGUUCUCCACUCUCCAGCACUACACUCGUCUAAAGCACCUCCAAGCAGCCAAACCUCUCCACGCUCACAUCAUCACAACCGAUUCCUCCUCUUGCCUCUACAUCGCCAAUGCCCUCAUCAACCUCUACGUCAAGUCCGGAGACUUCCUCACAGCCCGCCUCGUUUUCGAAACCAUACCUCACAGAGACGUCGUCUCAUUCAACACCCUCAUCAAUGCCUACUCUCACCACCACCAACACUCCUCACUUGUCUUGGAGCUCUUUCGACGCAUGCGCCGCGACAACACCUUAUCUGACACACAUAGUUUCGCUGGUGUUUUCAAUGCUGCUCCGUAUGUAAAUGACAUCCUGGGUGGGCGGCAGGUUCAUGGACUUGCUGUGAAGGCUGUGAGCUGCUUCGGCGUCUUUGUUGGGAGUUCGCUUGUUAACAUGUAUUGUAAAAUGGGUUUUGUAAGGGAUGCACGUAAGGUGUUCGAUGAAAUGCGUGAGAGGAAUUCGGUUACUUGGGCUACUAUGAUUUCGGGGUAUGCAAUGCAUCAGUUGGGUGGGGAUGCGUUGGAGGUUUUUGUGCUGAUGCGGAGGAGUGAGGAGAGGGAAGAAGAGAAUGAGUUUGUUGUGACUGCGGUUCUUAGCGGCUUGAUGAUUCCUGAGCUUGUUGAUAGGGGUAAGCAAGUUCAUUGUGUUGCGGUGAAAAAUGGGCUGACGAGUUUUGUUUCGGUUGGGAAUGCGCUUGUUACAAUGUAUUCGAAAUGUGGGAGUUUAGAUGAUGCGCUUAGGACUUUUGAGAUGUGUGGCGAUAAGAAUUCUAUCACAUGGUCAGCGAUGAUAUCUGGUUUUGCGCAGAGUGGGGAUUCGCAAAAGGGUUUGGACUUGUUUUCAGACAUGCAUUUUUCUGGGGUAAUGCCGACGGAGUUUGCGUUUGGUGGGGUCAUCAGUGCGUGUAGUGACAUUGGUGCUCUUGAACAAGGGCAACAAGUGCAUGGUUACAUGAUCAAGUUGGGAUACGAAUUCCAAAUAUAUAUAAUGUCAGCUUUGGUUGACAUGUACGGUAAAUGUGGUAGCAUUAGUGAUGCUCGGAAGGGGUUUGAUUGUGUAAAAGAACCUGAUAUUGUUCUUUGGAGUUCUAUGAUUGGAGGGUAUGUAGAAAACGGGGUAAAUGAAGCUGCUUUGAGUUUAUGCUGUAAAAUGCUGAGGGAAGGAUUUUUGCCCAAUGAGCUUACAACAGCUAGUAUCCUAAAAGCGUGUUCAAGCCUAUGUACUUGUGAACAAGGAAAGCAAGUCCAUGCCUGUACCAUUAAAUAUGGAUUCGGUCUUGAAUUUCCCAUCGGAAAUGCUCUUUUUACUAUGUAUGCAAAGUGUGGGAAUUUGGAAGAUGGGAAGUUGGUGUUUAGGAGAAUGCCUAUGAGAGAUGUAGUUUCUUGGAAUGCAAUGAUAUCUGGGCUCUCACAAAAUGGGCAGGGUAAUGAGGCUCUAGAGCUCUUUGAGGAGAUGCGAUUGGGGGGUAAUGAGCCGGAUUCCGUUACAUUUGUGAAUGUUCUCUCUGCUUGCAGCCAUAUGGGAUCUGUGGAGAGAGGAUGGAUUUAUUUCCAGAUGAUGUCUAAUGAAUUUGGCAUUGCCCCAAGGGUGGAGCAUUAUGCUUGCAUGGUUGAUGUCCUGAGCCGUGCUGGGAAAUUAUAUGAAGCCAAAGAUUUCAUAGAGUCCGCAACUAUUGAUCAUGGCAUCUGUUUAUGGCGUAUUUUAUUAAGUGCUUGUCGGAACUAUCGGAAUUAUGAAUUGGGAGCAUAUGCUGGAGAGAAGCUAAUGGAGUUAGGUUCACUAGAAUCACAGGCUUAUGUGCUAUUGUCAAGCAUCUAUACUUCCAUGGGUAGGCGGGAAGAUGUGGAGCGGGUAAGGAAGAUGAUGAAUCUUCGAGGGGUGAGUAAGAAGCCUGGUUGUAGCUGGAUUGAGCUGAAGAGUCAGGUUCAUGUGUUUGUUGCUGGUGAUGUGAUGCAUCCUCGGAUUGAGAAUAUAGGUGUUGAAAUCCGAAAGUUAAUCAAGCAUAUGAAGGAUGAAGGAUACCAACCUUCCUCUGCCACUUUAUGA